AUGCAAACAUCAUCUGUUAUUCAACCUUCUAUGGUGCAAUCAUCUCUCUCUAGUCUUCAGCAGAAUCAACAAUCUGCAAUUCAACAGUCAACACCAUCUAUGCUUCAGCAGCAUCCACAGUCAGUUCUCAGACAGCCUCAACAACAACAGGCCUCUGUUGUUCACCAACAGCAAACAUCAAUGCCACAACAGCCAAUAUUACCCCCACAGCAGCAGCAACAGCAGCAGCUUAUGGUGCAACAGUCAAAUGCUACGAGCUUGUCGCAGAAUCAGCUAAUCGGACAACAAAACAAUGUUGGGGAUAUGCAGCAGCAACAGCAACAACAGAGGUUACUGAGCCAGCAGAAUAACAUUUUAAACCUUCAACAACAGCAGCAGCAGCAACAACAGCAACAGCAGCAACAACAGCAGCAGCAGUUAAUGGCUCAGCAAAGCAACCUUUCGAAUAUGCAUCAGCCACAGUUGGGCCCUCAGAGUAAUGUUACUGGGUUACAGCAACAGCAGCACCUUGGAACUCAAAGUGGGUCAAGGGCAGCAACAACAACAUCAGAGUUCAUCUAA